AUGGUUGAUUAUGAUUAUGGUUAUGACCAUGAUGAUUAUGAUUACGAUGGUUAUGACUAUGAUUACGGUUAUGAUGAUUAUGAUUGCGACGGCUAUGGUUAUGGUCAUGAUUAUGAUCAUUAUGAUGAUGAUGAUGAUGAUGAUGAUGAUUACGAUUACGAUCAUGAUCAUGAUUAUGAUGACAAUGGUCGCGAUUAUGAUUAUUAUCAUCAUGAUCAUGAUUACAAUUAUGGUGCUUAUGAUUAUGAUGAUUAUGAUCAUGCUGAUCAUGAUUACGAUUAUGGCGGUUAUGAUUAUGGUUGUGAUGAUUAUGAUUAUGAUUAUGAUUACGAUGACGAUCAUGGUGAUGAUGAUGAUCACGAUUACGAUAAUGAUUAUGAUGACUAUGACCAUGAUGAUUAUGAUUACGAUGAUUAUGAUUAUGAUGAUUAUGAUUAUGAUAAUUGUGAUCAUAACUGCGAUUGCGAUGAUUAUGGUUAUGGGAAUUAUGAUUGUGAUAAUGAUUACGAUGAUUAUGAAUACGAUAAUGAUGAUUAUGAUCAUGAUCAUUAUGAUGAUUGCGAUGAUUAUGAUUAA